AGAAGUGCUCUCAAUGAUAAGACGCAUCUCCUUGUACCAAAUGCCAAAAUACCUGAAUUGCCCAUCCACCAAACAUUGGAAUCAUUUCAGAAAUGAGGGAUCUUUGCGUCAUUUUCACAAUAUCUGGUGUUGCUUUCCUUGUACCACACGAUCAGUAUGGCUCAUCUAAUGCCCAUUUAACCAGCCAGAGAAGAAGAAGAAGACGAAGAUUGUAACUGAAGAGAGAGGUUAAGUUAGGGGCUUUUCAUUUCGUAGUGGUCCUAAUCCCAAAUUCGAAAUCUUUUUUUACUGAUUUUGAUCUCUCCGGUCAUGUCGUCUGUAUGUGUUAACGAAUCACUAACCGACGACGAGCUGAGAUGGGUAUUGUCAAGGCUUGACAGUGAAAAAGACAAGGAAGUGUUUGGUUUGGUCUGCAAGAGGUGGCUAAAUCUGCAGAGCACCGACAGGAAGAAGCUGGCGGCUCGUGCUGGUCCACAUAUGCUCCGCCGUCUUGCCUCUAGGUUCACUCAAAUCGUCGAAUUGGACUUGUCUCAGUCAAUCUCUAGGUCUUUUUAUCCAGGUGUCACUGAUUCUGACCUCGCUGUUAUCUCUGAUGGAUUCAAGUGUCUCAGAGUUCUUAAUCUCCACAACUGUAAAGGUAUUACAGAUACUGGAUUGGCCUCAAUUGGAAGGUGUCUAUCUUUACUGCAGUUUUUGGAUGUAUCCUACUGCAGAAAGCUCUCAGAUAAAGGACUAUCAGCUGUUGCAGAAGGCUGCCAUGAUCUAAGGGCAUUGCAUCUAGCGGGUUGUCGUUUCAUCACCGACGAAUCGCUGAAAUCACUCUCUGAGAGAUGCCGUGAGCUAGAAGCUCUCGGGCUACAAGGCUGCGCCAAUAUCACUGAUUCAGGCCUUGCUGAUCUUGUGAAGGGAUGCAGAAAGAUUAAAUCUUUGGACAUCAAUAAAUGCAGCAAUGUCGGAGACGCUGGUGUUUCCAGCGUGGCUAAAGCUUGUGCAUCUUCCCUCAAGACGCUCAAAUUGCUAGACUGUUACAAAGUCGGGAACGAGUCUAUAUUGUCCCUGGCGCAGUCUUGCAAGAACCUGGAAACUCUGAUAAUCGGUGGAUGCAGAGACAUCUCUGACGAAUCUAUCAUGUUACUGGCAGAAUCUUGCAAAGAUAGUCUCAAGAAUUUGAGGAUGGAUUGGUGCUUGAAUAUUUCUGACUCUUCCCUUAGCUGCAUUCUGAAGAAGUGCAAGAACUUGGAGGCUCUAGAUAUAGGUUGCUGUGAAGAGAUCACUGACGUUGCUUUCAGGGAUUUGGGGAGCGACGAUGUUUUGGGGUUGAAGGUUUUAAAGGUGAGCAACUGCACAAAGAUCACAGUAACAGGGAUAAGGCCAACCCAUUUAGAUGCACCGUGCACGAAUCACGAAUGA